AUGGCUCGGGAACUGGCGCGCUUCAAACUGGACUUUGACGCACUCAGCGAAACUCGAUUCUCCGAACAAAGUCAACUCGAGGAUGCAGGUACUAACAACACCUUCUUCUGGAGCAAUCACCCCAGGGAAGACCGACGAGACGCGGGUGUCGCCUUCGCCAUCCGGAACGACGUCGUGGGACGACUGCCCUGUCUGCCGCACAGCAUCAACGAUCGCCUGAUGAGCCUCUGCCUGCUUCUCCGGGAAGACGAAUUCGGCACCAUCAGCACCUACGCUCCGCCGAUGACCAGCCCUGAUAUCGCAAGAAACAAGUUCCAUGAAGAUCUGCACACCCCCCUGGCGACUGUGUCGAAUGCGGACAAGAUGAUUGUCCUUGAUGACCUCAACGUCCGCGUCGACACUAACCAUGCUGCCUGUAGAGGAGUUCUAGGACCUCAUGGUCUUAAAGGCUCCAACGACAACGGCCUGCUCCUUCUCCGCACCUGCGCAGAACACCGACUCAUCCUAAUGAACACCAUCUUCUGCCUGCCGAUGCGAAAGAAGGCCACCUGGAUGCAUCCUCGGUCGCGUCAGUGGCACCUGCUGGACUACGUCCUCGUCCGGAGGUAAGAGCGGCGGGACGUGCUGGGGACAAAGACGAUUCCGGGUGCUGACGGGUGGACCGAUCAUCCCCUCGUCAUCUCGAAGAUGCUGAUUCGCCUAGUCCCGCAAGAGACCACAAGUUAAGCGAUCCCCAGGUAAGCUGAAUACAACCUUGUUGUCUUUGCCUGCUCACCAUGUCCAUUUUAUCAGUGAACUAGAUCAACGGCUAAACAACCUUCCAUUCGCUGUCGCCACCAGCGCCGACGCAGACAAGAACGCCUCCGUAGAGAGCCGAUGGUGUCAACUGCAAGGCAUGGUUCAGUCGACGGCGCUGGCCGUCCUCGGUCGCGCACGCCGCCAACGCCCGGACUGGCUCGACGACAACGACGCCGCCACCAGCAACCUGCUCGCCGAAAAAAAACCGCCUGCAUAA